AUGGCAGGAAACGCGCUUCCGCAGACCGAAAUGUUUGAAUCCGCGGACUUGUCACGCCUGGCCGCUGCACUCUGCAGGCUUGGUCAUCACGAGGGCGCCUGGCAGCUGUAUGCACGUGUGCAGAGAGCUCUGCCGGGUGCCUCGGGUACGCAGGACCUCCGAGGCGCAAUGCUUGCAAGCAGCGAGCGCCUGGGUGAUUUGAAGAG